AGACAUAUUUAGACAAAGUUAUCCCUACGAUUUUCUCGAUUCAAAAGAGCCGAAACGAGAAAAAGAGCUGGCGAGAGUGUAGAAAACGAACUCUAAUUAAAAUAUUUGAUUUGGCAAAGCAGCAGACAAGUUAUGUGGUGAUCAGAGCCAGUGUCAAGGACAUACAACGAGUUUUUUUGUUUCACCCAGUAUAAUCACCCGCUGCCCCUUCAAUGAAUGACUUGGUGUAUUACAUUGCGGGAUUUCUUUUCCUCUUUGUGUUGCUGCCGAUUAUCUGUUUUUGCUGUCACAUACGCAGUCCCAGAUUGGAGAAAUUAUGUCGCCCCAUACAUUGUGGACCCCACAACCGCAAUGCUUGGCUUGCCGCAUGGCAAUGUACUGGUAAUGCGGAUGCUACCGACACUUUGGAUAAUGCCGAUGAACAUGAUCGCCAAGGUAACGUAUUCACCAUACACGAUGAGAGUACCCGAGAGAGCCGUUACAAUGAUAUCUUCUUCAUUGAACCGAACAGUGCCGAAGCGGCACGCAUACGAGCUCAAUUGGAAAAGGACGACAAGGAUUUGCCCUCGUAUGAGGAAGUGAUGCGCAUGACAAGCGUGACUUCAACAACUCCGGCAAAUACUGCAGCGAUGACUGCCUCAAAUGCCAGUGUCAAUACAGCAGAGACCAGAUUGUCGGUACCUCCCUACUCUGAAGUGGAUCCAAAUGCCUCAUCAACAUCUCUGCAUGCUGUGGGUAACGCAACCACCAUUAACUCAGCCUCCGCCGCUACACCCACAACACAAACCCAAUCAACACCACCUCCCCCACUUUUCGCGGCCGCAGUUGUAUCAAGCAGUGUCACACAAGCCACAUUGAAUGUGUGAUGCCACAAAUUUGCCAAAGAAGUACCUGACGGGCUAAGUAAAGGGGAAGAAGAAGAAGAAGACGAAGUAGCAGAGGUAAAGGAUGGGGAAGCAUUGUGAUGUUUUGUAGUUUAAAAACAACGAUAUUUUAUUUAAAUAACAAAUAAAUUGCAAAUAGGUAUUAAGAAAUUAUGCACAAAAAUUAUUUUAAAUAACCUUCAAAGGAAACACAAACUUGUAUAUAAAAUUGAAAAAGUGAUUUUCUUGAUGCCUUAUUGUAAUCUGAAGUAUUUAGAACAACACUUUUUAAAAUUUUACUGUAAAUAUGUAGUUACUUUAUUGUAAUGAAUCGCAAUUCUUAUGUAUAUAAUCUUAGCAAUAUA